AGGAGCGCUCUCGCGAUAUCUAAAGCCAGCUUUUACGGGGGCAGGUGGUAACAUUCUCGCGAGACUUGGAGCUACGGUGGCGGCGGCCAGAAGGAGCGGAGAGGACCGGAAGUCCUUCGUCUGGAGCGUCCGAUGCUGGGAGUGACCCUUUGUCGGAUACCUUUUUCCGGGGGAUAGGAAGACGGCCCACCUGGCCGGAAGUCCCACCUCCUGGCGCUCCCCGAAGUUUUCCCCCUGCUGUCACCUGUGUCUCCUACCGUCCAUUGCCCCGGUUUUGUCCUCCCCCCAUCCAGGAAAGGGUCCAUUGAGUGUGUCUGGCCCAGCUCUUGCUCCCCGAGUCGGGGUCCCUUCCCCGGCGCCCCCAUGUAGCUGGGCAGGGGGCCUGGGGGUGGUCAGACCCCUGGGAUCCUAGGGCGCAGCACCCCGCUCCUGCUGUCGGCCUCCCCGACCCCUGGCUGCCAUGCACCCCGCGGCCUUCCCGCUGCCUGUGGUGGUGGCCACAGUGCUGUGGGGAGCAGCCCCCGUCCGAGGGCUCAUUCGAGCGACCUCGGAGCACAAUGCCAGCAUGGACUUUGCAGACCUCCCAGCUCUGUUUGGGGCUACCCUGAGCCAGGAGGGACUCCAGGGGUUCCUUGUGGAGGCUCACCCAGACAACGCCUGCAGCCCCAUUGCCCCACCACCCCCAGCCCCGGCCAACGGGUCAGUCUUUAUUGCACUGCUUCGAAGAUUCGACUGCAACUUUGACCUCAAGGUCCUGAACGCACAGAAGGCUGGGUAUGGUGCCGCCGUAGUCCACAAUGUGAAUUCCAAUGAACUGCUGAACAUGGUGUGGAACAGCGAGGAGAUCCAGCAGCAGAUCUGGAUCCCGUCUGUGUUCAUCGGGGAGAGGAGCUCCGAGUACCUGCGCGCCCUCUUUGUCUACGAGAAGGGGGCCCAGGUGCUUCUGGUCCCAGACAAUAGCUUCCCUUUGGGCUAUUACCUCAUUCCCUUCACCGGGAUUGUGGGGCUGCUGGUUCUGGCCAUGGGAGCGGUGAUGAUAGUUCGCUGUAUCCAGCACCGGAAGCGGCUGCAGCGAAAUCGACUUACCAAAGAGCAACUGAAACAGAUUCCUACACAUGAUUAUCAGAAGGGGGACCAGUAUGACGUUUGUGCUAUCUGUCUGGAUGAAUAUGAGGAUGGGGACAAGCUGCGGGUCCUCCCCUGUGCUCAUGCCUAUCACAGCCGCUGCGUGGACCCCUGGCUCACCCAGACCCGGAAGACCUGCCCCAUCUGCAAGCAGCCUGUCCACAGGGGUCCUGGUGAUGAGGAGGAGGAAAGUCAGGGGCCAGAGGAGGGCGAGGAGGAAGGGGAGCCUCGUGAUCAUCCUGCCUCAGAGCGCACCCCACUCCUGGGCUCCAGCCCAACACUCCCCACUUCCUUUGGGUCCCUGGCUCCAGCCACCCCUAUCUUCCCUGGGCCCUCAACAGACCCUCCACCAUCUCCUUCCUCCUCUUCCUCCGCUAUCUUGGUGUAACGUUCCCCCCUCACACACCUCUGGUGACCUAUUUGCACAGGCCCUCUUCCUCCCUCUGCUCUCCUAAACCGAGGGAUGGGGACACUUGCAUUCCAUAUCACUCCUGCACACAGCCUCAACCUUUGCAGGGUGCGGUCAAAAGGACUGCAUCUUCACUGUUGCGUCAAUAAAAUUGUUUUUGUG